AUGAGUUAUGGAAAAGGUGCAAUAGAUGAGUUAUGGAAAAGGUUUAAGUCACUGGAUGUUGUUGGGAAAAGGGCAUUAAAAAGUAGGGUUUUUGAACUUGUCUUCCCUACAAUGACUUCUAUGUGUCCACCACCUGAGAAAAUAAAAACUAAAGGGGGAGUCAAGAAGAAAGACAAAAAACCAGUAGGAUAUGAUGUUUAUAGAGACCCUUUGUAUCACGAGUAUGUUGAUCAAGCAUCUCAAUCUUCACAGAUGCAAUCUCAACCAUCACAAACUUCAAAGAAGUUGAAAUUAUCACAGUCUUCACAAAAGAAAUCUCAACCAUCACAAGCUUCGAAGAAGUUGAAAUUAUCACAAUCUUCACAGUCAUCUAAGUAG